UCGGUUUCUCACCCAGAAGGAGGAGGAGGAGGAUGGUCGGCAGCAUCCUGAGAGGUCUGGAGGUGCAGGAAGAGUCCCAGAGUUUAUGCCGUCUAUUCCGUGAGGAGGCGGUGCAGCUCCGGGCGUUCAGGCUCCCCAGAGCCGCCUCCCCGAGGGGACUCCAUGGCCCGGUCUCCUCGACCGGUGCUCUGGAUGCCAGGGCUGGGGUGGGGGAGGCGGCGGCAGCCGGGGCGCAGGGGCGGUGCCUCUCGCCAACUUCGGAGUUGUUUUCCCCGGCCGCUGCCGCGCGGUCUUCCCGAUGCCAGCUCCCGAAGCUCUGGGAGUCAGCUCGAGGCCUGGCUCUGGGGCGCGCCCUCGCCGGGAGCCCGCCCGCAGGCCGCGAGGGCCCCUGUCCAGGCCUGGCUGCCACCUGCCGGGGCUUGAGGCCACUUCCUCUUCGGGUCAAACUUUGCCGACUGUCAGCCCUCGGGGCCGGCCCGGGCGCUGCUCAACUUCUCCAGCGCGUCCAGCCGGCAGAACGCGGCAGGGGAGCGGGGGAGGGGGGCCUGGCGUCUCGGCUCAGCUCCCGGGCCCGCGCCCUGGAGGUACCCCCGCCUGCCCAGGGGUUGGAGGAACCCGGACGGAGGGAGGGGGCGGAGGACAAACUUGGCCCCACCCCUGCCAAUCAGCGCGCGCCCCGCCCACCCGCUCGCCUUAACCCCUUUCCAACCCUGCCACUUGUCAGCUGGGUCCUGGCGCGGCGCGUAACCUUCGCGUUUAACUCUGCUUUGGCCCACCUCAAGCCCUGCUUGUCUCAGAAACUCUUCUCUAACUUCAAGUUGGCCAGCUCUCUCUUCUGAAAGUGCGUAUGACCAUUUAAUAUUCAUCUAUUUGCCUUGGGAUGUUUAUUGUACUAUUGUUUUUAGCCUCAUUUAGCCAUCUCAUAUCCUUCUGGAAAGGGGCAGAGCACUGAAGUUUUAUUUAAUUUUUAAAAUGUCCAUGCUUUGUUUUCCCAUUUAGACUUGAAAUUCCUUGGAAUCAGGGACUGUAUCUCCAUAUUUCAGUUAUUAUGUACAGUGCAGGCACAUAAAAAUUCCAUAACUAUCAGGUGACUUGCUGAAAAGAUGCAUUAUCUGAACUGAAGUAGUUUAUAAUAAAGUUGAAGAGAAAGGACACUUAGACACUUACUUUGUACAAAGACUGAAAGAGUGAUAACUCUGCCCAAAAGUUUGCAGGCAAGACAGGUAAGAGAUAUGAUUUAUUAGGAAGGGGAGCCAAUAUUGUGUAUGGCCAGGUGCUUUACAAUGGUUAUUUCACUUUAUCAUUACAAGCACCAUGUGAGAUAGGUAUUCCUCUUUUAUAGAUGUGGAAACUGAGAUAUAAAAUUAAGUAACAUGUCCCAGACCACAAAGUUAGCAAGUAGAGAAGCCUGGAUUAAGGCUCUAUUCCAGAGUCUUGCCAAUAUUCCACACUACUUCAAGGAGUUUCUAUAGUAAAUAAUGAGUAGAAAAAAUCUUUACUAUUUUCCUCAGACACCAAGGAUUGGAUUAAGCAAGAUCAUACUCCUACAGAAUGCGAUAAAGUAUUAAUACUCAGGUCUCUGAGCUGUUUAAGGUGGGGGCUGGCCCUCUGUCCAGUUCUAGUCCUGGCUUGCUAUUACCUAGCUGUGUAAUCACAGGCAGUUCACUUCUGUGGGCCCCAAUUUUCCCACCUGUAAACUCGAGUUCCAUAUGGAGAAUGGGGAACGGAUUCAAGUUUUCCAAGAUCCCUCCCUUUAGUACUAAUAUCUAUUUUCUUUUCUUUUUUAAGGGAAGAGGCUUUUCUGAGGGAGUCCACCAUCCUCAAUCCUUACCCUUCUACCCCUCUCUCUGAGACGCUCAUUUAGGAGCCUUUCAAAGAGUUCUCACUGCAUUUGGUAACAAAUUCUCAAUAAUGUACUCGCCACACAGAAGGGUGGUUCUUCCUAACUUUCAAAAAACCGUCCCCCUUUUAGAAACGUAAAAGUCUUGUCACUCCUUCCCCGGAGGUGCCCCCAGUUACAAUUACCUUCUGAUUAUCCCCACAAGCCAAGGAGAUGCUGUCUAGCUUUAGUUUCCAUAGGCGUAAAUUAAUUUACAAAAUAAAUAGGGCUUCUUCCUCCCCAGCUCCGAAGUUUUAUACGCGGUCCACUCUGACGCACCCCUCUCCGCCCCGCCUUGACACCACCCAGCUCCAUUCAGGGGCGUUCCCUCGGGAUGAAAACCUCCUAGUAGAGUUAACUGUCCGGUCACCGCUCACCCGCGUAAGACCAGUCUGGGAGCUCCGAAAGAGGCCCGUAGCCGGAGGGGUUGGCAGCCAGACCCUGCCUGGGUGGGGAAAAACAAUCCGGUGAAGACAGCUUCUAGCUGGAAAACUGCCCAGCUUCUAGCUCCCCUUUUCCCCCCGAGGCUGGCACUCACUGGAGUCGCCACUGGCCGCCGGCCAGGGACGCCGCGCUGCAGUGCAGCCUUCGGACACCUGCUGGGAAAACAGGACAGAGGGUUGGGAGAGAGGCCAUGGGCCACCUCAGGGGUCCUGGGCGCGGCGCCACGGGCCCCCGAGCCCACCGACCCUACACCUACUUACUAGAGAGGAGACAACCUAAUACAGCCAUGCCAGGGACGAGAAGCCGGAAGUGGGCGUGGCCUCGGUGAGGACGCGCGACGCUGCGGGGGAAGCCGGAAGCCGCCAUCUUGAAUCUGGUUUUCAACCAUGGGCACCGCCAUCUUGGGUCAUCGUACGGAAGAGAGCGACAGAACUGCGAUUUGGGUGUUUCAAGCAAGAGCGGUCGUUUUGCCCGCGACCUGGGUGUUUUAGGCAAGAACGGUCGUUUUGCCUGUGUAUCCUCAGUGGUGGUUACCUUCUCUGGCAGUGGUGUCCUCCCAGGCUCAAGUUCCACGAUCUCUGUGCAGCGUUCUUUAGUCCUUUAAAAUUUAGCCUUUUAUUUCAGGAGUAACACCCGCAUUACCUCUGUUCUGUCUUCCCCCGCAUCACUGUAACCUUUUUGUUCCAGCCUAAGAGUCAAAUCUAGAGUGAAUAAAAAAAUUUGGAUUUCAGUUA